CAGCCUCUUUGUCGUCCAUGCUAUCCGCACACGCUGUUUAGGAAGAGCUCGGGUACAGCGCCUCCCUGGGACUGCACUCUCCCUCAUAACUCCUGGAGGAUUGGGAAAAGGUUGAAGGUAACAUGGUAAACCAAAGAGCUGACAUGGGUUGGCAGUCCUCUAAGAGCGACUCCAGCGGGGUCAGUAACAGCGGAGAGAGCUCCAAAGAGAGCUCCAGGUGCUCGACCCCAGUGCUGGACGCCGACCGCACUGACCGGCUGCGGGACAAGAUGAAGCGGCGGAUUGAGUCUGGGGACCGCUGGUUCUCCCUGGAGUUCUUCCCUCCUCGUACAGCGCCUGGAGCUGUCAAUCUUAUCUCUAGAUUUGACCGAAUGGGUUCUGGAGGUCCUCUCUUCAUUGACAUCACUUGGCAUCCGGCUGGAGAUCCGGGCUCAGAUAAAGAAACGUCCUCCAUGAUGAUAGCAAGCACAGCCGUCAAUUACUGCGGUCUGGAGAGCGUGCUGCAUUUGACAUGUUGCAAUCAGACGAAAGAGAAAAUAACAGGCCAUUUGCAUAAAGCCAAGCGGCUAGGCCUAAAGAAUAUCAUGGCCCUGAGAGGAGAUCCUAUUGGGGAAGAUUGGGUGGAGGAAGAUGGCGGUUUCAACUAUGCUACAGAUCUGGUCAAGCACAUUCGAUGUGAAUUCGACGACUACUUUGAUAUCUGUGUUGCAGGUUACCCCACGGGCCACCCAGAGGCGGAGAGCUAUGAAGAUGACUUAAGGCACCUGAAGGAGAAGGUUGAUGCUGGUGCACACUUCAUCGUCACCCAGCUCUUUUUCAGGGCCGAAACCUUCCUUAAAUUUGUCAAAGACUGUCGGGCCAUUGGCAUCACCUGCCCCAUUCUUCCAGGAAUCUUCCCCAUCCAGGGAUAUCACUCACUCCGUCAGCUGGUCAAACUCUCCAAGCUGGAAGUGCCGGAGGAGAUCAAACAGGUGAUUGAGCCCAUCAAGGAUAACGACGCUGCCAUUCGCAGCUAUGGCAUCCAGCAGGCGGUGGAGAUGUGUAAGGUUCUUCUGGCCAGUGGAGAGGUCCCGGGCCUGCACUUUUACACGCUCAACAGAGAGGUGGCCACCAUAGAAGUGCUCAGACAGCUGGGCUUAUGGGCAGAGGAUCCACGGCGACCUCUGCCCUGGGCCAUCAGUGCUCAUCCCAAACGUAAGGUAGAAGACGUCAGGCCAAUCUUCUGGGCUUCCCGACCCAAAAGCUACAUCUACAGAACUCAGGACUGGGAUGAUUUCCCUAACGGAAGAUGGGGUAACUCCUCUUCACCAGCCUUUGGCGAGCUGACAGACUACUACCUGUUCUACCUGAAGAGUAAGUCUCCGAAAGAGGCUCUCCUGCAGAUGUGGGGUGAGGAACUAAUGAAUGAGGAGAGUGUUUAUGAAGUCUUCACCAACUACAUCACCGGCCAAACCAACCACAAUGGACACAAGGUCAUGUGUCUGCCGUGGAACGACGAUCCUCUGGCUCCAGAGACCAAUCUGCUGAAGGACGAGUUGGAGAAGGUGAACCGCAGGGGUAUUCUGACCAUUAACUCUCAACCCAACAUUAACGGCAAACCCUCAUCCGACCCCAUUGUGGGCUGGGGCCCUGCGGGGGGAUACGUCUUUCAAAAGGCAUACCUGGAGUUUUUCACAUCCAGUGAAAAUGUUACUGCACUUCUGCAAGUGCUGAAGAAAUAUGAACCUCGUGUGAACUACCAUAUAGUCAAUGUUCAGGGCAGGAAUAUUACAAAUGCACAUGAAAUGCAGCCCAACGCUGUGACUUGGGGCAUAUUCCCAGGCAGAGAGAUCAUCCAGCCCACCGUGGUGGAUCCAGUCAGCUUUAUGUACUGGAAGGACGAGGCUUUUGCGCUGUGGAUCGAACAAUGGGCGAAGCUGUACGAGGAGGAAUCGCCCUCACGCAUGAUCAUUCAGUACAUCCACGACAACUACUACCUAGUCAACCUGGUGGACAACGACUUCCCUCUCGACAGCUGCCUGUGGCAGGUGAUUGAAGACAUGUUCACACUCCUGGACUCGCCUCAAGCAACUCAGGGUGAGGGAAGUGAAUCGUAGCAUCACAGAACUCGCAAAGUCUGCCUGCGCUGCUAUUGAGACACCUCGACGCACACGCACAUACUGAGUACUUUACUGCAUCGACAGUAUUUUUAGUCAUUUUCAGAGCUUAAUUCAUCAUCAGUGCCAAAAUUAUGACAAAUGUAGCACUACAGAAGAUGAUCCGCCUUGACCUUUAAAGGGACUUAAGUUUGCAGUUUUGAGUGCCGUUUUCUUAUAUUUUUAUUUUAUGUUUUUAACUAUUUAUAGAUGAUAUUUUGGAUAUCGCAUACAGUAUGUUCAAUAUAUGAUUGUGAAUACGAGGAAAUCCUGUAAGCAGGUCAAACGUACUCAACGGACUCAAAAUACAGUAUAUGGCUACUGUGUUUCACUCUUUAUAGGUGAAUCUUAUAAAAACAUGUCAUAUCCUAUGUAAACAGGUCAUAUUUCUAUGCAAGAUCAAGAAAAAAAGUAACAAUUUUGUUGAAAAGGAUAGUUCAUCCAGAAAUGAAAGUUCUCUCAUUUAUACACUCUUAUGUUGUUCCAACACAUAUGACUUGCGUUUAUCUACAGAACACAAAUGAAGAUAUUUUUAAUAUUCUCUCAUUCAGUUGAUCCAUUUAAAGUCCAUGCAAUCAAAUUUUGAAGCCUCCAUAUAUACAUAAAAACAUUGUAUCAAACAAAAGCUGCAAUCCGAGUUGUAAAGCGAUUAAUCGCAUACAAAAUAAAAGUUUGAGUUUGCUUAAUAUAUGUGUGUGUAAUUAUUUUGUAUAUAUAAAUACAAACAUGUAUACAUUUCAGAAAUAUUUACAAGUGUAUGUAUUUAUUAUCAUUUUUAUAUAAUUUGUUAGAUAUGAACAAAAUAUUUUGUACAUAAAUAUUUCUUAAAUACAUUACUUUGUGUAUAUUUACAUAUAUAUACAUCAUAAUUACACACAGUACACACACAUUUAUUAGGCAAACGAUUAAUUGUUUGACAGCCCUUUAUAUGAUGAACAGAUUUCAUAUGUGUUUUGUUGUUGUUGUUGUUUUUAAAACAUGUAAUUUGCACUGAUCAAUACACAUAAGUAAAGUACAUCAAAUAUGGUAAACAGAAGAUUAAACAUGCAUGUUUAAUGUGCAUAAGCAGUGAGUUUGUAAUGUCAAUCACAUUUGAGCUUUCACAAGAACCAAUGAGAGUUGAGAGUGAGGCUGAUGUGUUUUAUGUUGUAUGUGCAUUGAUCAGUGUUUAUACAUUAAUAAAGGGCUAAAUUAAAUCUGUUCAUCAUAUAAAGAAACUGUCUUUUAAUAAAACGCAUUAAAAAAUGCAUAAGACGCAUGCAAGAAAAUGGUAGAUUCAUUACAAGAUUAUUUUCAGAGCUUUUAUGUACUUUUUGAAGUUUGAAGUUUUUCAUGGUUUGACUUUAAAUAGACGAACAAAAAUGCACAAGAUUUAUGGAUUUGGAUUUAAAAUUUUUCAAUUUUCAUGACAAUUAAGGGACAUUUUCACUCUAAAUUCGCAUUACUUUAAUGCAUCUGGAUGUUUUAUUUUUGAUGAUUAUUAAUGUGGUAAAAAAUAAAAGAAUACAUCAAAAUAUUGCCAUAAUAUGUAAAUAAUUAACUAUUUAAUUUUGAUGGUAUUUUUACAUUAUAUACAGUAAUGCAAAUUGGGAGUGAACGUGUUUAUAUAUAAUAGGAGAAAAAAUGGAGAGAAAAAAAAAUCAUCCUAAACCCAGACUGGUUUUGUGAGAUUUCACUUAUAUUUUUCUACAGUCAUGUGUGAAUUGAUGGAGUUGAUUUUAUGAUUUAUUACUACUACAAUCAGUGGCAAUGUGUUGCCAUUAUGAAUUUAAACUUUUGAAUCCUAUUUCCCACCCCCCAUUUGGCUUUUUUUUUUUUUUUGGAUUGAGCUGUCUGACCAUUUUUGUUCUGCUAGCAAUAGAAAGCUCAAUAAACAUGCACUCCUCCCCCCCUGUGCUAACAUAUCCACAUUAUUCAACAUUAUCGCUAAAUUGCUUGUUUGCUUGGGAUUCACAUAACAUUUAUAUUUGGAGUUCAUCUAAAUCUCAAAGUCCAUGACUGUUUUGGACGCACUGCAGUUGAUAAUGGUGAAGGAUUGGUGCGCUGCCAUCAGCAGAUGUUACGUUAAACCUGAAGGGGUGAAGUUACUUCAACAGCUGCACACAUUCGAAUCCACGUGUGUCGUCUUAUCUCCCCGUCACAUGAAACAUUACACUUGCUGGAAGGAAGCCAACAGUAUGAACUUGACCGCGUUUUUUUCUAAAACAGGCAUGUGCAAACGUCAUCGCUUAAACAUGGCCGGUAUUCAAGUUCAUUUAUGUGAUUUUGUUUUUUUUCUCUCUUCAGCACUACUCAUUGGUGCAGUUUGCUUUUUGAAGUGAAUAUCUCAUCUUCUCUGUAUAUGUGUAAGAAUCCAUUACAUCUCUAGGUGUUUUUAAGCUUUGCAUUUAAACAUUUUAAAGUUUUAAACUUUAUUUCACUGUUGCACUUGUAUUCUGCAAUAAAUAUUUUCAGUAAAAAUGUUCUUAACUUAAGAGCAUUUUGCAGUUAACAAAUGA